GCUGCGUGCCCCGCCCACUGACACCUCCCUUUCCGCCCUGCCCUGCGCCUGCGCCUGCGCCGGCUGUGUCCUGUUUUGGAUUUCUGGGUAAAGUUGUUGGCUCUCCAGUUCGUGCAGAAUUUUUCCACUUCUCUCAUGUGGAGCGGACGGCGAGGCCUCCUCAGGCCGUUAGGCUGCGGAGUGGAGGAGCUACGGUGCCGCCGGCGGGAGCGGGAGGCAGCACUGCGGAAGGCGCGGAGGGAGCAGCAGCUGGUCAGCAAGAGGCUGCUGAGAGACGAAGCUACGGAGGAAGCCGAAGGGGGAUGUGUGGUCGUGAUCCUUGGAGAAGCCGAGAUCCAGGAGUUCCUGCGGUUGGCCCAGCGGGGGAUAGAGGAAAAGGAGAGGGAGAGGGCUCUGGUCAGCCUUCGUCGAGGCUUGCAGCACCCUGAGACACAACAGAUCUUCAUCAGGCUGGAGGGCAGCAUUCGGACCCUGGUCGGGCUCCUGACCAGCAACCAGGCCCUGCUGCAGCUUGAGGCGGCUCGGUGCCUUCAUGAGCUCUCUCACUCUGAGCAGUCUGCGGUGGCUGAGGCCUGCCUGCCAGCCACUUCCUACCUUCUCACCUACCUCUCCGGUCACAGCUCAGACUUUAUAGAGCUCUGUCUGUAUACCCUGGGUAACCUGAUUGUGGAGAGUGAGGCUGUGAGAAGGCAGCUUCUGCCUCAGGGCAUUGUUCCGGCUUUGGCUGCCUGCAUCCAGUCUCCCCGUCUGACUGUGCUGGAAGCCCUUGGAUAUGCCUUGUCCCAGCUUCUGCAGGCUAAGGAGGCUCCAGAGAAGAUCAUCCCCUCCGUCCUGGGCUCUACUCUCCCCCAGCACAUACUGCAACUGUUACAACCCGGCCCAAAGCUGAACCUUGGGGUAGCUGUGGAGUUUGCCUGGUGCCUUCACUACAUCAUCUGCAGCCAGGUCAACAAUGCCCUGCUCAUCACCCAGGGGGCUCUAACCACCCUGGGGCUGCUGCUGUUGGACUUGGCUGCGGCUGUCCAGAGAACUAAGAAUGCAGGACUGGAGCUGCUGGUAUGCCCUGUUGUUCGGUGUCUAAGCAACUUGCUGACAGAGGCAGCAGCAGAGACUGUGGGAGGGCCAGUGCAUCUCCGAGAUGAGCGUGUUGUGGCAGCCUUAUUUAUCCUUCUGCAGUUCUUCCUCCAGGAACAGCCCAGCCUGCUUCCUGAGGGCCUCUGGCUCCUUAACAACCUCACUGCAAACAGUCCUAGUUUCUGUACCUCCUUGAUCUCCCUGGAUCUGAUUGAGCCCCUCUUGCACUUGUUGUCAGUGUCUAAUGUUGUGAGCGUAUUGGUGCUCACAGUUCUGUGCAACGUUGCAGAGAAAGGUCCCGCUUACUGUCAGCAUCUAUGGCCAGGGCUCCUGCUCCCCACCUUGCUGGACACGUUGGCCCUCUCUGACACUGAAGUAGUAGGCCAGAGUUUGGAGCUGCUGCAGCUGCUCUUCAUCUAUCAGCCAGGGGCUGCCCAGGCCUUCUUGCAGCAGUCAGGGCUGCAGGCCUUACAAAGGCAUGAGGAGGUGGCACAGCUUCAUGAUCGCGUGCAUGCUCUCCAGCAGACAGCUCUUCAUGGGUAACCUGACUUCUGAAAGUCAUGUCCUCCACUCCUUAUCUCCCAUACUCCUGUGUCCUCGCCCAUAAAUCCCCUUUGGGGGUUUAGAACCAUAAUGGUAUCAUGCCCUCAGCUCCCACACCUAAGCCUAAGCCAAGACCUCUGGAUCCCAGCUCUUCCCCUUUCACCCAGCACUGUCCAGGCAAGAGGACCAGAUGGAACUCAGUGUGGUGUACUUAAUACCGGUCCCUGGAAUCUCCUUUUUUCUUUUUCUUUCCUUUUUUUUUUUUUUUGAUUCAGUGGCUCAUGGCUUUUGAUGGGACAGAAUAAAAUAAAGUCUUAUUUUUAUAUUCAA